UCGCCAGGAUGUGUGAGGACGGGGCCGGAAGUCUCGUCUUCGCGGCCCGGAGAACGGUGUCCCGGAAGGGUCCAUCCCAGCCGUCUCGACGUGCGGCUUUCCCGGCGGGGUCGUGGCGGGGUCGGUGGCGGCGGCUCCUCCGCCAGGGUCGAAGCGGACGUGCCCGGCGCGGCCCCGCGGGAAUGGCGGCCCCGACCAUGAAGGAGCGGCAGGCGUGCUGGGGAGCCCGCGACCGCUACUGGCGCUGCCUGGACGAGAACGCCGAGGACGCUGCCCGCUGCCGGGCGCUGAGGAGCUCCUUCGAGGCUAGCUGCCCGCCGCAGUGGAUCAAAUAUUUUGAUAAAAGAAGAGACUAUUUGAAGUUUAAGGAAAAAUUUGAAGCAGGUGAAUUCCAGCCUUCAACACCAACUUCAACGUGAACUUCCCAUAAGGACUGAAGUGAUUCUUUCUGCUCAUUCAGAGAUGUGGUGCCAAUUCUGGAGCAGUGGUCACACGACUCGAUUCCUGUCAGUGCUGUGAUCUGUGUAAGGCACUCGGGAACUGAGAUCACCAAGGAACAGAAAGAAGAUGCCCAUCUUUCAAAUGAACUGAGGGAUAAUAAAUAUGCUUAAUCGUCAUCUAGUAAGAAAUUUAAGAAAAAAAUUAAAGUUUAUUAUAAAAACAA